AUGGGUCGAGAGAUGCAGUCCAUGAAAGCUGACAUUGCCCCAUAUCUCAACAGGGAGUGGCAGGUGGAACUCUAUGAGACACCUAUGAAGAGUCCUUUGGACUGCCUCUUUGGCGGCGUUUGCUGCUGUAUUAGUGCUGCAAAGCAACGCCAUGAACUGUUGGUGAUUACGGGUGAGCCUUACAUUUGCUGUGCUGGCCUUUGCCAGGCUGGUCCUUGUGGGGAGCCACAGCCGGAAAUUCCUUGCUUGCUGUUGGAGGUGUUCCUGUGUCCACAGAUGGCCUUAAGCGCCAAUCGCUUCUUCGUUCAGUCUCGAUUUGGACUGAUGAACACAGCCACAGAUAACACCUUGAUGGCGGCGACCGCAUGGAUUGCGAUGUGCGCCAACUAUGCGGCUUGCUUCAUGGAGAUGAAGUAUUGUUGCAGAGACUGCUUUCAAAUCGAUCUCGAUGGCCCGUGUUUGGAGAUCCAGCUGCCUGUGCGGGAGAUGUUCGUCCUAGCAGACCUAGCAUUUCUAUGCCUCAAUGGAUGUAUGUAUGCUCAACAGCAGGUUGAGAUCGAUGGGAUGCAGAGAGGUCAUUACAACGGUCCGCCGCAGGCAGUUCUGCAAGCCUUGCCGCCCAACUUGCAGGCGUGCAUGGGAGGUGCACCGCAACAACUCAUGAUGUCGUGA